UAAAAAGCAAGAAAAAGGAACAUAAAUUCAAAAUCCUCAUUCUCUCUCUCUGUUCUCUGAAAUUCCCAAAUCAACAACCCUAACCCUAGCACGAGGAAGAAGAAGAAGGAAUCAAAUCAACCAUCAAUCAUGGGAGGAAGCGCAGAGAAACUGAUGAACCAGAUCAUGGAACUCAAAUUCACCUCAAAAUCUCUUCAACGCCAAGCUCGAAAAUGCGAGAAGGAAGAGAAAUCGGAGAAGCUCAAGGUCAAGAAAGCAAUCGAAAAGGGCAACAUGGACGGCGCACGAAUCUACGCCGAGAACGCCAUCCGCAAACGCACCGAGCAGAUGAACUACCUCCGCCUCUCCUCCCGCCUCGACGCCGUCGUCGCCCGUCUCGACACCCAGGCCAAGAUGAACACCAUCAGCAAGUCCAUGGGGAACAUCGUCAAGUCGCUUGAGUCUACUCUUGCUACUGGGAAUCUUCAGAAGAUGUCUGAGACUAUGGAUAGCUUUGAGAAGCAGUUUGUUAAUAUGGAGGUUCAGGCUGAAUUCAUGGAGAGUUCCAUGGCGGGAUCGACUUCGCUGUCUACUCCUGAAGGUGAUGUUAACAACCUUAUGCAGCAGGUGGCUGAUGAUUAUGGCCUCGAGGUCUCGGUUGGGCUGCCUCAGGCUGCUGCCCACGCGGUUCCGGUUAAGGAAGCUGAAAAGGUUGAUGAGGAUGAUCUUUCCAGGCGCCUCGCGGAGCUUAAGGCCAGAGGUUAAUUGUUGUGGAUGAUAUUUAUAGAACCUGUUACGAGUUUCGAUUGCGAACCACCAAAGAACACUUAUUGGAGCUUAUUUAAUGCGUUUUCUAGUAGAGAAACUCCGAUAAGCCGGUAUCCAUACGGAUGCAGUGUUAUUAUAGUACUUAUUGUUAAGGAGUGAUUUGUGCAUAAUGUUGAACUGAAUUUGACUUAUUGGCUCCGAGAUUGAGAGAUAUUUUCAUAUAUGUAAACUUUGCUUGGUGGGUUUUUUUUAUGCCUUUCCUAUUAUGUUGAA